AUGCACGAAGAACACGAAGAAGAAACCCGGAGACCGUUAUUGUCGCGUUCUUUACCUGGUGAACAUACUGUCCCAAAUAGUCUGCCUGCUACUUUACCUACCACAACAAAUAUUAAUUUACCAGUUUCACCUCAACAACAAAGACAAGUUAACACAUCUAAUACAAAUACCUUUUCAAAUAUUUCUUCGUCAUCGUCGUCUUCUUUUGAAGACUUUGAUUAUUCUUCACCCGGAACUGGUUCGAUUUCUAGUAGUAGCUCUUUAAACUCUCCUCUCUUUGCUUCAUCCACUUCUGAUACUUCAACAACAAAUUUCCCUUUUUAUACGAGGGAAAGACAUCAAUCUUUAGUUGUUUUUUCUGGAAGAUCAAGUAAUAUAACUACUUCUUUACAAGGAAAUCAAAUUUUCCCUCAACCAACAACUACCACCUCAGCACCAACUAAUUCGACAAUAGGUUACACAUGUCAUCAACUCAAUUCAAACUCUUCCUCAGCUUCACAGCCACAAUUUUCUUCUACACAGUCACCUUUCACUUCUCACUACCAACAAAUUACUUCUACACAGUCACCUUCCUCUUCUCACCACUCCCAACAACAACUUUUUCCAAUUUCUCCAGGUUCAGGAUCUGCUGGUGGUCUUGGUGAUGAUGUAUCUACUACUUCAUUCUGUCAACAAAAAACGACCAAAUCUAUGCAGCGUCGUCCUAGUGGUGCUAGUUCACAACUUAAACAAAAUCAUUUAAGUAAUUUACAUAUUAUUGAUGAAGGUUCUCCUGAAUUUACUUUUCCUAAAGUGAAACGAAAAUUAUUAAAAGAUCUUGAAGAAACAAAAUGUCGUGCUGAUAAAAGUAUUAUGCAAAUUUUGGAAAAUUGGUAUCAAUCAUAUCAAUAUCAAGAAUUAUUAAGUGAACUUUUAUAUGAUGGUUGGAGUGAUGACGAUGAUAAACAAUCUUCUCCUAUAGCUGUUCGUAGGAGUAAUUCUCAAAGAACUUUAAGUAAAUCUGCUAGUGGUAAUAAUAAUAGUAGAGGAAGUGGUGGUAAUCAAAAAAUUAAUAAUAAUGAUGAUGAUUCUGCUUUGGUUAGUGACACUGAUGAUGAAGCUUCUUUACCACCAAAUCAUAAAAAAUUAUUAACUCCAACAAGAUCACCAAAAAUAAAUGCGCAAUAUAAUAACAAUAAACAAAUUACUCAUAAAAUGGAAUCAAUAUCCUUACAUGGUGAUGCUAAACCUAAAGAUAUUAUUUUUCAAAGAAAAACUUCCGAAAGAAGAUUAAUUCAUUCUAAUAGUUGGCCUCAAUCUAUUUUGGCUUCAUCACACACGCUCUUAUUGACUCGAAUUGAUCGAAUAGCACGUCGCAUUUUAAAGACGGUAGUUCAUGAUUUAUUGAACUUCAAUGUUGCAGUAGAAAUAAUGAAAGAAUUACAGGAGCUUAUGAAAGCACAAAGAAAUAUGGCCGUAGGGAAUGCUGAUGCUGAAGAGCUUUUAACAAAGUUAGUUUACGUCUUUGCAGAUGUAACGAGAGCUGUAGAAGCAGUGAAUCAUUCAUUUGCCGAAACAAAUCCAGAAUUAUCUGGAGACGGCGGUAAUAAAGAUGAUAUACCAACUACAGGUUCAGAAUGGUCACCUUCUCCUUUGCCCUCGCCUUCACUUCCCGUGACUCCGUCAUCAUAUUCACCCCCACGUACGAUUUUACAAAUGCAAGAGAAAAGAAAAUCUUCGAUAAGUGAAAUUGAUAAUAAUGCAAAGUUUAGUUCACUAUUACCACCACAGCCUGCUUUUAGUUCACCACUCGCGCGGCAUGUAUCUACUCCAAUUAAAACACAACAUUCAUCAUUUAAAGUUUCUCUUGAGCAAAGACGUGCAUCAGCAAAUGAAGCUAUAUUUGAAAGCCCUAUAAUGUAUGUACCUCCACCUCGUCCAUGCAUGGACGAUAAUUUAUUAACUUGGAGCAGUUUAACCAGAAAACAAGUUGAUCAGUUACUUCAUGAGGAAAUGAAUAGAGAAAUCGAUUUUGGUAUUAUACUUAAAAAACAACAAGAAGAUAUUGACCCUGAAUCAAGGAAGAAAACCAAAAAGUCGAGACCAGUUAUGAACUUUUUAAAGUCUUUGAAGAAUGCAUUUCAUAGUCCGACAUCGUCAACUAGUGUGUCACCUACAGGAUCUCCAUCAAUAGUUCAACCUAGUCCAAUGCGUAAUACACAUUUACCUAAACCACCACAGCCAGAAAAAUCUAGAUCACUUUCUUUCGAUUCGCAAGCAUUUACAUUAACGCGACGUAGUUCUUCAAUGUCGUUGAAAGGAGUUAUGGAAAAUAAUAAUAAUACUAACAUUAUAGUACCAAGCAGUGUACCUAAUACAAUGAACUCAGGAUUUUCAAUGUAUGAUUAUAUACUUUGUCGAAUUUGCGAAGAAAUGAUACCAAGUCAUGAAUUGGAUGCACAUUCCGAAAUUUGCGUCAUCACCACCGAUUAUGCUAUUAAAUUGCAAGAAUGUGAUGGAAGAUUACGUAGGUUAGUGAGUGAUGUAGCUAAAAGAAAGGCUGAGAUACUGGAACGAAAUACGCUUUACCAGGAUUAUUACAAUGUAAAGGAUGCUGAAAUGAUGGAAGAAAUCGGUUUAAAGGCUGCCGACCUUAAAGAAACGAUGAGUCGUCGUGAAGCUCUUCGUAAAAGCGACAAAUAUGCAAAUAAAUUGGGAAGAGUAGUCGAUGACAUGGAGAAAACCUCUUCCAGAGAUGAAAACUCUGCCAGAGAUGAUUACAUUUUGACUUAUGGCAAGAGAUUGCUUCAUGUGGUUCAAGAGAAACAUGAUACACUUCGUUCUUAUUAUCAAAAAUUGCGCUCAACAAAUACAUUGUCAAAUGCAGGAACAUCAUCCGCUAUAGCCGCAGCUGCAGCUGCAGCUGCUGUAGCUGCUACUACGGGUAUCGAAAGAGAAGGUUUACGUAUACCAGCAAAAGUUAAUAGGAAACAAUCUGUGUCAAGCCGUUUAUCAACUUCAGCUACUUAUAAGAUGUCUACAAGUUAUAAAUCACGAUCUGAUCGUAAUCGUAAUAAUUAUGGUCAGAAAGAUGGUGGCACUGCAUCUUCUCAUAAACGACAAGAUAGUAACGGUUCAGUAUCCUACGGUAAGAUGCAUCUUGAAAUUGAUUCAGAUUUUACACCACCAGCGCCAAAAGGUGGUAAAAAAUUGAUAUCACUUUUUGCAGCAGUAUUACGUGGAGGAAAUAAUCGUAGUGCUAGUAAUUCAUCGCUUAAUAAAGACGGUAUAGCACCAAGUACGCUGGUCUCAAAUGGAGAAAAAAUAGGAUCAAAGACUAAAAUACCGAGUAUACAAGAUUUUGAAAUUAUUAAACCAAUCAGUAGGGGUGCAUUUGGUAAAGUUUAUUUGGCAAGAAAAAAAACCACAGGAGAUCUUUAUGCUAUAAAGAUCUUGAAAAAAGUUGACAUGGUACGUAAAAACAUGGUAAAUCAUGUAUUGGCAGAACGUCGAGUACUUAGCUUAUCAAGGACCCCGUUUGUUGUAAAACUCUAUUAUGCAUUUCAAAGUCAAGAUUAUUUAUACUUGGUUAUGGAAUAUCUAAUAGGAGGUGAUUUGUCAUCAUUACUUCAAUGCUUUGAAAAAUUUGAAGAAGAAAUGGCAAGAAUGUAUACGGCAGAAGUUGUAUUGGCUCUUGAAUAUUUACAUAAUAACGGAAUUACACAUAGGGACUUAAAACCUGAUAAUAUGCUUAUUACAUCAGAAGGACAUAUAAAAUUAACAGAUUUUGGAUUAUCAAGAAUAUCUAUACCCGAAAAGAGUUCUUUAACAUUUGUUAAAGAAGAAAAUGAAUCGCCAAAUGGUAAAAAAUCAUUUGCAAAAAGUUUAAGGUCAGGUAGUGUAGAUUCAAGAGCAAGUACGUCCCAUUCACGACCAGUCUCCGCAGUAUUUCCUAAUGAAAUUUCGAGGAAAAUAGGGCAUGUGAAUUUUCAAGGAUUGGAUAGUAAUAAAUAUUCAUCAAAAUCAUUAUCAAGUAAUAAUACAGCAAUAAACAGCACAUCAUCAAAAUCUGGUAAACGGCAAAAUAGACAAAGUUCUAAAGCAUUGUUGGGAACGCCAGAUUACCUCGCACCAGAAUUAUUACUUGGAAUUGGACAUACGACAGCCGUUGAUUGGUGGUCAUUAGGAGUAUGUUUAUUUGAAUUUUUAAUUGGAUAUCCACCAUUUAAUGAUGAUACACCACAAGCAAUAUUUAGAAAUAUAUUAAACCAUGAUAUACAAUGGCCACCGGAAGGAUUUUUAUCAGCAGAAGCAAAGGACUUGAUAACUAAAUUAUUAAAUCAAGAUCCCGAGAAAAGGCCUUCUGUAUUAGAAAUUAAAUCUCAUACAUUUUUUAAAGAUGUUAAUUGGGAACAUAUAAGACAACAAGCUGCGCCAUUUGUGCCAAAUCCUGAAGAUGAACAAGACACGAGUUAUUUCGAAGCACGGAAUAAUCGAGCUGAUAUUAGAAGAUUGUCAGCUGGUAAUAUUGUUGAUAUCGCUACCGGGAAAGUAACAACUCCAGGAGAUCGUCGAUCUGGACAAUUUGACGAUGAUUUAGAGAUAAUAAAUAUUGGUGGUGGUCCUAACGUAAAUGAUAAUGAUAACAAUUUUGGCAAUAAUACGGGAACACCUAAUUUGUUAUUACAUACUGUUACCGCCGAACCGAUUGAAAAUGUGUCAUUAAGUUCACCUGUUUCAUCUCCCUCGCGAAAUAAACCCGAUCUAACUAUCAAUACACACAUUCGUGAGAGACGUCCUUCAUCAUUAAAACCACCAAUUCCCAUAGAAGAAGUGCAACAAGUACCUGUUAAACCACAACAAAAACGUAGACCCUCUUUAUUAAAGUUAGCAGGUAAAUCAAGAAAGCCUUCGAUUAGUGGUACAAGUGAUGGAGGAUUAUUAACUUCGUCAUCAUCACCAUCCAUAACAUCUGGCACGUUAAAUUCAAUACCAAUAUCAGCUUCAACAUUGGUUUCACCGUCAUUUAAUCCUUCAAGACGAUCAACUCUUGUUGGAUCGCCAACAUUAUAUGAAAUAGAAUCAAAUGCUGGAAUAAAUGAUGCCGAGAAAUUUGAGAUUCAACCAAGAAAUAAUCGAAGUGGUGAUUCGGAAUUUGAUGCUUUUCUUUAUAAAGGCGUUUCAUUUUUAGGCGAUGUUAAUCGAGAUAUGUUGUCUUCUGGUACUAGUAAUACUACAAGUGGAAGUAGUUCUAUGAAAAAAUCAUCCAUGACUGAUCUUAAGGCUAAAUAG